AUGAGUGUGGUUGAUGUUUUGUUUCGUGUGGAUGCACUAUGCAAGAAGUAUGAAAAAUACGACAUUGAUAAGCAACGUAAGCUCAACGCCUAUGGAGAUGACGCAUUUGCCAGCCUCCUCGCUUCUUUCGAUUCUCAAAUUGAAGCCGCUCUUCGUAAAUCAGAAAUGGCAUCGAUGGAAACAAACAGGGCUAGUGUGGUGGCCAUGAAUGCCGAGAUUCGAAGAAUGAAAGUGAAGUUGAUGGAUGAAGUGCCCAAACUGGAAAAACUUGCCAAAAAGAAGGUGAAAGGGUUGUCAAAAGAGGAAUUAGCGGCUCGAUGUGAUAUGGUUCUUGCACUACCCGAAAGGAUUCAAGAAAUACCUGAUGGAACCAGAAGCAGAUCAUCACCCCAUUCAUCUACUACUACAAAGAUUAACUUGGAUUCAGACCGCAUCUUUGGAGAUGAAUAUUUCCAACAAAGUGAAGAAUCAAAGCAGUUUAGAUCAGAGUAUGAGAUGAGGAAAAUGAAGCAAGAUGAAGGUUUGGACGUCAUAUCGCAGGGUCUUGAUACACUCAAGAAUUUAGCUCAUGACAUGAACGAGGAAUUGGACAGGCAAGUUCCCUUGAUGGAUGACAUUGAACAAAAGGUUGACAAAGCAUCAAGUGACAUUAGAAACACCAACGUCAGACUCAAGGAGACUCUCAUUAAGAUGAGGUCUACUCGAAACUUUGUAAUCGACAUCAUCUUGUUAUGUAUAAUCUUAGGCAUCGCAUCGUAUUUGUACAAGUAA